ACUAGGUUGCCGCUGAUAAAGUUCACCGGAGGCUCAGUAUUCGUGAAGCGGCGCCAAAACUUGAAACUAAGUCGUUCCGUUUGAAGUAACCAUGGAUGAAUACUUCAAUAAAGCGGUUCCUCUCUACGUAAAGCACACAGAUCGGGAAGACAGGAGAUCGCAUGUUCGUAUCACUGUGUCGAGUCGACUGUCUUCGUCGUCUCCGCAGAAGGAGCUGGCAGUCCGACUAACAGAUGAUGGCGACCCAUUCUUCUUAUACACACUAGUACUUAAUGAGGAAGAUUUCCAGAGUUUGAAAAGUCAGCAAGGAUUGUUGGUGGAUUUUGGAGCCUUUCCCCAGAAGUUUGUAGGUCUGCUUGAGAUGUGCUUGAGUGAAGAGCAAAAGGAGGUCCCAAAGUUUCUUCUUCAGUUUCUGACCUCAUCUGGUGCACUUGAUAGAGGGCUUGGCUGCUUGAACAUCAUUGAGACAAAUACAUUCAAACAUCUCACACAUCUCUCCCUCAAGUUUCUACCUGGUAAUGAUACUGAGGUCAAGAAAUAUCUGGCUGACUGCCUGGCCAAGUUAAAGACUGAGAAGAACUCGCUUGAGCAGCGAUUAUCAUGUAUUGAACAAGACCUGAAACAAAGAUUAGCCACUUGUGAGAAGGCAUACAAUGAUAAAUCAGAGCAACUGAGCCGCCUUCAGGUGGAAUUUGAUGCCAAAUCUACUGAGUUGGCCAACAAACAUGCGCAAGAGAUGACUGCAGAAAAAGAGCGAAUUCUACAUCAAAAGAGUAAAACUCAGCAACAGUACGAGAAAGAGAGAAGGGAUCUAGAACAGGCUCAUAGGCACACAGUAAAGCAACUUGAGAGCAGACUUGAUAAAGUGGAAAAUCAAAACAAGGAGUUCACAGGAGAAAAAUACAGAGCAGAAGCUACCAUCCGCGAACUGAAAGGAAAGUUAUCAGGAAUUGAAGAGGAAUAUGGGCAUAUGAAGCAAGAGCUAAAAACACUUAGACGAGAUAAUGGGACAUUGGACUCAGAGCGCCAUGAGAGGGAUAAAACAUUGGGACACCUAAGAACAAGAAUAGCAGUGCUGGAACAAGAAUUGCGGGACAAGGAGCAGGUCAUCAGCCGGUCCAAUGAGCUGUUGGAGUCUUCCAAUGAUCAGAAAAAGAAACAGGAAGACACUCUGAAUCAUCGAAUCCAAGAGAUUAAGAAACUUGAGAACACUGUCAGCACUAUCUCUGCCGAAGUUGUCAAGGGAAAUGAAAUUAUACAUAAACUGCAGACGCAGUUACGAAAUUUUAAAUCAGAGAUAAAACUGAAAAACGUCCUCACUAAGCAACAAGAAAAGUUAUUGGGUGAAAAGGAAACUGUCAUAAAGCGGCAAACCCAGGAACUUGAGACGACGACAGAAAACCUAAAACAAAAAGAGGAGGAGGUGAAAAAACUGAAUGAAUCACUUGAAAGCACCAUGGCAAAACUAGAAGAAAGCAAAGAACUGUUGAAAACCAACGAGAACGUGAUUAAUUGGUUGAACAAGCAGAUGAACGACCAGAUGGCAGCUCGGCAACGACACGGACCAUUCGAACUUCACUCCGCCAAGGAUCCCGCGUUUGCUCGCGAAUUAACCGCUUCUAGUGUGCCAUCAACGACUUCCGGUUCCCAGACGUUUGUCCCGCGCUACACUGGGCCACAACAGGUGUCCUACCGACCUCCACCCCAGCGGAAGCCUAGCCUCCCUCGACCCCUCAGCCAGUCUACCCCGACCAUCCCUGAGGAACCCGAGACUGCUCCACCAAAGCCUAACACAACGACGCCCCUGACACGAGGGAAUCGCGAAAACCAGCCCCUGCUCGAUCCCAAGUACCUACAGCGGAAGACACAAAUAGGAGGGGGUCCCCUUAACGACGCUAAUAAUGUCCCUAGUGAGAAUAGGGUUCUGCAGCCAUCACAACGAUUCGGGCCUAACCCUCGGUUAACGCCCUCACAGGCGCCAUUAAUGUCUGCGUACUUCAAGCCUACGUGACCCGUGUAUAGUUUCUGUGGUGAUUUAUACGGAUUUAUGUAUUACGAAGUCUUGUUAUAAGGUCAUUCUGUAAAUACUAUUCAAAUAAAAUAAUAGCCUGAG